AAUAAUUAAAUUGACUAAUAUUAAUAUAGCACUGUAAGAAAAAAAAAGUUUGGGAAAAGCCGCCAUAACUAAUAUUAAUAUAGCACUGUAAGAAAAAAAAAGUUUGGGAAAAGCCGCCAUAAGAGACCCACUUCAAAAUGUAUUAUUCUGAAGUGCUAUAAAAGCCCCCUAUUUCUCCUACUCCCACUUAUCCAUAUUAGAACACACAAAAGAGCCAUGGAUUCAAUUGCCACGGCUGAGAAGAAACCACAUGUCAUCGUUAUACCAUUUCCAGACCAAAGCCACAUAAAAGCCAUGCUCAAACUAGCAGAGCUUCUCCACCACAAGGGCCUCCAGAUAACCUUCGUCAACACCGAGUUUGUCCACGAGCGCCUUCUUGAAUCAGGAGGCCCACACAGCCUAGACGGCUCGCCUGGCUUCCGAUUCGAAACCAUUCCGGAUGGUGUUCCUCGCAGUCCGGAAGCUAGCGGCGACACCAUCAGAGAUCUACUUAUGGAAUCCCUUGAAACCAACUUCUUAGGUUGUUUCAUUGACCUUGUAACCAAACUUCAGGAUCCUCCUACUUGCAUUAUUUCUGAUGGGUUCUUGUCGAUUUUCACAAUCGAUGCUGCGCAAAAGCUUGGAAUCCCGAUCAUGAUGUAUUGGACACUUGCUGCCUGUGGCUACAUGGGAUUUUACCAGAUCCAAUCUCUCUUCGAGAAAGGAUUUGCACCGCUUAAAGAUGAAAGUUACUUAACAAAUGGGUAUUUAGACACGAUCGCUGAUUGGGUUCCGGGAAUGGAAGGCAUCCGUCUUAAGGAUUUUCCGAUGGAUUGGACUGCUGGCGUCAAUGACAAAAUGGUGAGGUACUGUAAGGAAGCUCCCCAAAGGUCUCAUAGAGUUUCAUAUCAUAUUUUCCACACGUUCGAUGAGCUGGAGGCUAGUAUUAUCAAAGCUUUAUCAUCGAUGUAUUCUCAUGUUUACACCAUCGGCCCACUGCAAUUACUUCUUGAUCAGAUACCUGAAGAGAAAAGGCAAACUGGAGUGGGAUACAGCUUAAUGAAAGAAGAAACACAAUGUUUACAAUGGCUUCAGUCUAGGGAACCAAGCUCUGUCAUUUAUGUAAAUUAUGGGAGUACAACGUUCAUGUCAAAAGAAGACCUGAUAGAAUUUGGUUGGGGACUUGCUAAUAGCAACCACUCUUUUCUUUGGAUAAUCCGGUCUAACUUAGUGGAAGGGGAAUCUACACUUUUGCCUCCGGAACUUGAGGAACAUAUAAAAAGGAGAGGCUUUAUUUCAAGCUGGUGCUCACAAGAAAAGGUCCUGAACCAUCCUUCGGUUGGAGGGUUUUUAACUCACUGUGGAUGGGGAUCCACCAUCGAGGGCUUGUCGGCUGGGGUGCCGAUGAUAUGUUGGCCGUUUUGGUGGGAUCAGAUGACCAACUGUAGGUCUAUAUGCAAGGAAUGGAAGGUUGGAGUGGAGAUGGGGAAUAAAGUGAAACGAGAUGAAGUUAGUAGGCUUGUGCAACAAUUGAUGGGAGAAGGUGGUCGCAUAAUGAGGAACAAUGCCAUAGAGUGGAAGGAAAAGGCUCGAAUUGCCACAGGUCCCAGUGGUUCAUCUUCUUUGAACAUAGACAAAAUUGUCAAGGAAAUCACAAUCCUAUCACGAGGCUAGAAAUGACUUGUUUGUUAGAGAUCUUUUGCAUUUUAUUUAAAAAGUUAUAGUGUACUUGUACUUUUAAGUUGUCAAAAUGUAUUGAAACAACAGCUCAAACUGGAAUUAGGAAAUCGUUCCAGAUUUAGGUUUACAAUGAAAAGCUUGAGUAAUAACGAUCGCUUAUUGAGUUAUUGUUAAAA